CAUCCCUGACCUGCAGCUGGUCAGGAGAAUUGUGUCGCAGGUGGAAUUCCACCUCUCUGACGAGAACCUGGCCAAGGAUGCUUUCCUCCUGAAACAUGUCCAGAAGAACAAGAUGGGCUUCGUCAGCAUCAAACUGCUGACGUCCUUGAAGAAGUAUUUUUCAGGUGGGGGAAAAAGAACAAGUUGAUUCAGCCAAGCCGAGUGGGGACCAAGCUGCAGCUGCACCCACAGCCUCCUUGCGCCAGAUGGCAAAUGCAUUUGUGACUAUUGCCCAUGCUCCUGUUCGCUGCGUUGACCGGAGUGACGCAGAAAUAGGAAAAAGGACCUCGAGGGCGCAAAGGAAGGGCACGCAGUGUCGCUCGGUGGCACGCUUUCCCCCAGCCCUCGCUCCAGUAAUGCUGUCAGGUCUUUUAGUCUCCUGAUGGGAAAAGCAGCAGCUCUGGAUCCCCCUCGGAGGGGGCGGCGCUUUCCCUGGGUGCGUGACACCCAGGAGGAGACAGCACCCGCCGCCGUGUGCUCCCAGAAAAGGACUGGAUUCUGCACAACAUCCGAUGUCGGGGCGCUGGGGCUGUCUGUGCUCUAUGGGACCCCAGGGAUGGGGUUAGUACAUCCCCUCCUCAUGCUUGGAGGAUUCGGCGCUACCAAGGACACCCUGGUAGGAACACGGGCCUCUCGCUCCCGCUGUGUGAACAGUGUGUGGGCUGGGGGAGUCGGGACAACUGCUGUGAACCGGAGGCCUAAGAUCUCUCCUGGCCUGUAUCCUGUUAAUUAAAGAGAUUGCUCUCUGUUCGUGAGGCACCUCUGGCUGCAAGAUUGUGCGAGGCCAGGUACUGCGUAACUUGUGGCAGGGACCGAUGCUGGGGGCGUGAAGGCAAGUGCACUUCUAAAACCAUAAAACUUUAUUUCAUUUCAGAGCGCAGCUGAGCCAGCCCGCUCCUCAACACCCUGCCAUCUGCACCGCUGUGGCUGGGACCGGGCAGUGCUGCACAUGCCAAAGGCCACCAAGUCACACCCGUGUCCCUGCUGCUUUGCCGGGAGCUUCUGCGAUGCGAGCGAUGUUCUGGGGGCUGAUCUCUUGGACUGCAGCUACUCCAUGCCUGACCGGCAGCUGGUCAGGAGGGUUGCGUCCCAGGUGGAAUUCCACCUCUCUGACGAGAACCUGGCCAAGGAUGCUUUCCUCCUGAAACAUGUCCAGAAGAACAAGAUGGGCUUCGUCAGCAUCAAACUGCUGACGUCCUUGAAGAAGGUGGAAUACCUGACGCAUGACUGGUGGCUGACGCUCUACGCCCUGCAGUUCUCAGAGCUGCUGGAGGUGAACGAGGAGGGCACCAAAGUGAGGCGGUGGGUGAUAGCAUAUGUCCAUACAUUCUGUAUGGUAUGUCUACACUGCGCGCUGGUGCAGUACAAGAGCCUGGGGAGCGCUUCAGCCUUGAGGAGCCUUGAGGACCUCAGCCGCCAGAGCUGUCCGCGUGGCGAGAGCAUCAGGGUGGUCCGGCUCUGCGGGAAGGGCUCCGAGAAGACACCCGGGGCCGAGAGGGAGGUGGCAGACGAGCUGGUGGACCAGCCGGGUUGGAAAGCGCAGGCGGUGGCCGUGACCUUCCCCGACGGCCUCGGGGACUCCCUGCUCUGCAGCUCCCCGGAGUUGAACGGUGCCCAGGCGUUGCCACCCCUCCUCCUGCACAAGGACCCCUCGGCACCCUCCUGGCCCGGCAGCAACUUCAAGCCCAGCAAUUUCGGCAACGCCUUCACUGGAUUGCUCCUCGCCAGCAAAGUCUUCCCUUUGCUGGGGACAGGCUUGGGCACAGGCAGCUGCUACGGCCUCUGCUCCAGCACUGAGAGCACUCGUGGCUGCGGCUGGGGGAGUGGGGUGGGUGCCUGGGCACCCUGGCCCAGCAGCCCCUCUCCAGAUGCCAAACCUCUUGCCGGCAAUCCUCCGGCAGCGACGUGGGUGCCUGAGCCCCUCGGCCUGCGGGAUGCGGUGCUUUGCCUGCCCCACUGUUGUCCCAAAAGUGGGGUCGUUUACCCCGGUGUGCAAAAUGCCAAUAGAGACACAGAGCAGAAGUAUUUUAUUCCAAUUUAUGUUUACGCAAAGAUGGGGGCUAGGUGGGACUUGAGAUCCCGGGUAGCAGCCCCAGACUCAUCCAAGGAAGCUAUCCAAGGAAACUGUCUCCUCCGGGAUCAACCCAAGCCUCCUCCCAGUUAUCUCUCAGAGUCUUCUGACCUCUGCUUUUGGUACCGGAGAUCGCAGCUACCUGCCUCAGGCUCCUCCAAGUUAAAGCUCUGCCAAGGAGGCCCGCUAGCUCGUGAGCCAAGACCCCCUUCUCCCUUUGAGAAAGGCGAAUCCCAUCUGACACCAGCAGGCCUGGGGCCGUGCCGGCCACCCCAUUAUCGAAAAACCCAAAAGUCUGGGCUGGGGGUGGCGCGGCCCCUGGGCCGAGACCUGCCGCUCCGCUCCGCUCCGCUGCGGGCCGGGCCGGCUCCGGGGCAGCUCGCCUCGGCGCCCGACUGCCGGUUGCAGUGA